GCUUCAGCCAGAGAGAGAGGGGGGGGGAAACCAGACGUCGCUCGCAGUAAAAACGUCGCUCCUGUCUCGUUCCUCAUUUCGCAGGUUUUCUGUCGCUGCGGCGCUUUGGUCGACAUGAACUCCGCCACCUCGGGAGGCUUCGGGUGUUUUAGCAGCGGGGGAGGUUUCUCAGCUCAGUGGCAACAACAAGUAAGCUAGCUGCUAGGUCCAGUCUUAUCGCUCGUCCUACUUUCACUGCUGUCCCUCCGCUCCGCUCAGCUCUGUGUCAGAACAGGCAGGUGAAAAAGAAACUGAAAAGCUCUGAUACAGACAGAAAACAACUGCAUUUCUCCUGGUUCUUUCUGACGCCAGCCCUCUGCUGCUUUCAAGCUACAACUAUCCUCUUUAUUUUCUCUUUUACACUAUGGCUAUGGCUUCUCUGUUUUUAAACACGGAUGACGCCUCCCCGGCGGCUCUGACAGACCUGUGCCUCACCUAUGUGAGCCAGAACCUGGAGUGUUUCUGCGUGAAGCUGCCUGACGGCUCCUUGUGCUUCAGGGAGGCUGUGCUCUUCCCUCAGGAGCUGGCAGACCAGCUUCUGGCCAAGAUGGCCACUGAAGGUCUCCUGAAUGACAGCACCGUAGGGGUGUUCAGGAACUGUCAGUAUCUGCGGCUGAGACGAGCCUGCAUCCGCACGGCCCGGAUCUCUGCCGAGGCGUUCCAGAAAGCCCUCUGCCCGCACAGACUGCUGGAGCUGGACGCCGCAAGGGUCAACGCGGACCUCACCAUUCCUGACAUCCUGCAGGGAUUGGCUACCAACAAAUACUGUCAGGAGUCCCUCCAGCGGUUAAUCUUGACCGGACUCACCAUGGCUUCUCUGGAGGAACCGAGCUGGUACCGUUUCAGCGCCCUGCGCGGCCUGCGCUCCCUGUCUCUAGCCAACGUGGAGUUCUACGACUCCGGCCUUGUCGACGUCUGCUCCCUGCCUCGACUGGAGAGCCUGGAUCUCUCCAACACGUCGGUGACCAACCUGAGCCCGCUGCUGGGCCUGAAGGAGCGCCUCCGCUCGCUAACGCUGCACCAGCUGAAGAGGCUGGAGAUGAGCACGGCUCAGCUGCUCGGAGUCAUAGGCCAGCUGAAUGUGCUGCAGCACCUGGACAUCAGCGAUGAUAAGCAGUUUACCUCCGACGUGGCCUGUCAGCUGCUGGCACAGCGGGGGAUCCUUCCUGCUCUCGUUUCCCUGGACGUCUCAGGCAGGAAACAGGUGUCCGAUAAAGCCGUCAGGGCGUUUGUCGAAGAGAGGCCCGGGAUGACCUUUGUGGGCCUUUUGGCCACAGACGCCGGCUUUUCCGACUUCCUCUCCGGAGAAGGAAAUCUUAAGGUAACAGGAGAAGCCAACGAGACUCAGAUCUGCGAGGCGUUGCGGCGAUACAGCGAGAGGGAGGGAUUCGUCAGGGAAGCUCUGUUUCAUCUGUUCAGCCUGACUCACGUCAUGGAGAAACCGCGGCCUGACAUUCUAAAGCUUGUAGUUUUGGGCAUGAAGAAUCACCCGGCCACUCUAAACGUCCAGCUGGCCGCCAGCGCGUGUGUGUUCAACUUGACAAAGCAGGACCUGGCAGCAGGGAUGCCGGUCCGGCUGUUGAGUACCGUCACCCAGCUCCUCCUGGAGGCCAUGAGGACGUUCCCCAACCACCAACAGCUGCAGAAAAACUGCCUGCUGUCUCUGUGCAGCGAUCGCAUCUUACAAGAAGUUCCGUUCAACAGGUUCGAAGCAGCCAAACUGGUGAUGCAGUGGCUCUGCAACCACGAAGAUCAGAACAUGCAGAGGAUGGCUGUGGCUAUCAUCUCCAUACUGGCUGCUAAGCUGUCCACCGAACAGACCGCCCAGCUGGGAGCCGAGCUGUUCAUCGUGAAGCAACUGCUGCACAUUGUGCGUCAGAAGGCAAACCAGAACGUCGUGGAUGCGACGCUGAAAUUUACGCUGAGCGCGCUCUGGAACCUCACAGAUGAAUCGCCGACGACCUGCCGCCAUUUUAUUGAGAACCAAGGCUUGGAUCUGUUCAUUAAAGUGCUGGAGUCUUUCCCCAAUGAAUCUUCCAUCCAGCAGAAGGUGCUAGGUCUUCUGAACAACAUAGCAGAAGUCAGGGAACUGCACGGGGAGCUGAUGGUGCAGAGCUUUCUGGACCACAUCAGCGCUCUGCUGCACAGCCCCGAGGUGGAGGUCAGCUACUUCGCCGCCGGGAUCCUUGCACACCUGACGUCACGAGGCGAGGAGGCCUGGUCGCUCAGCCCGGCUCUGCGGGGUUCGCUGCUCGAGCAGCUGCAUGCUGUCAUUAUGAAGUGGCCCCCUCCGGAGUGUGAAAUGGUGGCCUACAGGUCUUUUAACCCGUUCUUUCCCCUGCUGGAGUGUUUUCACACACCCGGCGUCCAGCUGUGGGCAGCCUGGGCCAUGCAGCAUGUGUGCAGCAAAAAUGCGUCUCGCUACUGCAGCAUGCUGUUGGAGGAGGGCGGCUUGGACCAGCUCGAGCUCGUUCACACGCACCCGCAGACGCACAAAGACGUGAAACUGCUGGCCGAAAGCAUCCUGGAGAGCCUGCAGCGACAUAGAGCGCGCACCGGCCAGCCCGCGCACACAAGUCGACGUCCGCCCGCGCAGUAACGCCACACAGAAAACGGUGAGCCCUGAUGAAGAAGAGGAGCCGGAACGCGGUCUCGUCACGGAAAAGGGAGUCGUGUGAGAGCGCAUGCGUGGGCGAUUGCGACGCCUGUCGCUCACGCAAACGCUCUCGGAUGCUUCUGAAGAAAACAGGAGCAAAAGACAGAGAAAACGCAAACGUUUGCACACUCUAAACCUUAUUUAUUUCCUUUGUGUUCAUUUCAAGACAGAAAUAUUUUGAGCCCAGCGAUGGAGAAAAUUGAAAUCUUGAUAAGCUGGGUUUUGUAUUUGUGCUCGCUCUCGUUCGCCCGAGCACUUGGAUGUUUCUCACGCCAGAAAACGCUGAGGUGUGUGGAACCCCAGACCGACCGACUGAGCGGUAGGGGGGAGCUUUCGAUGGCUCCAGCUGUGUUGCCAACUUCUUUAUUGUCUGAAAUGGGGGUAAACUUUAAAUAUAUGCAUGACACUGCUGAGAGCUCAAGCAUGCUGGUGUGAAUGCUCGUACUAUUGGUUUUAAUAAACGCCUGCACGCUUGAUUGUAGCGGAGCUCCAAGCACUAAAAUCAUGCCUCUGCGUCUGCAGCGCCCACUUUGUCUCCCUGCUAAAGGGGAACUUGAUACGGAUGUGCUAGGAGGGUCAAAAUGUUCCCCAUAAUUACUGAGAAUUUCUAGCACAUUGAUAUUUUCUAAACUGGUUUUGAAACAAAUCAGUUCCAAAACUCAGAAGCAGAUUUUAUUGGAAUAUUUAGCCCAUUAUGUCUGUUGUUUUGUGCAAGUAUAUUCUUCUGGACACAAAUGCUAGUAAUGACCUGGGCAGAGUAGGUGUCAUCUGUUUUCUCCUUGGGAAACGUGUGUGUGUAUGUAUGUUUACGUUUUGCUCCGCUUCCCAACGUGCAUUUUCUAUAUAGUGUAUUAUAUAAUGAGGCCAAAAUAGUUCUCUGCCAAGGACGAUUUCAGUUUUUGCAUGCAGUUCUAUUCAAAUAUUUUUAUUUUUUUUCACCCCUAACAUAAAUAGGAAUCGUGUUGAAGAGAAAAACUGCUGACUGUGAUGCCACAUCGUGUUGGAUGCCUCUGCUGUCCUCAGAUUCCUCUGCUGUCCGUACAGAUGCUUGUUUUGUCCAUACAGCUUUAAAUCUGAAACAUUUUUUAAUUGUAGAGGACAUAUCACAGGACCACACAGAGUUGAGGUUCAGCAUUGUGGGAGGAGCCAUUUGCAGCAGCUUAUUUUAAAAUCUCUCAAACAAAAUACCUUGCCAAUACCUUAUUCAAAAGUAUUUGAACUUAUAAAAAUGUUUUUCCAUUACAGCUUAUUAAUGAGCAGAGUGACGUACUGAUUUCAUACCACGUCCAAUUUUUUUUGUAGAUAGUUAUGCAUACUUUCCCUUCUUCAACAAUGUACUACUUUGUUGCUUUGUGUUGGUCCAUCACACAGAAUUUAAAUAAAAUAGUUUGAGGUUUGUGGCUAACUGAAUGAAAAAUAUUUGCUGCAAAUGCAGUUUUUGUUCUCACUUAAUUUAUUAGUAGUUUGGAAUCACUGCUUUGAUGUAAACAUUUUUUUAUACCCAAAUGUAUUUCUUUUAAAUGCUUAACCAGACUUUGAAUAAUACGAGUUAAUUGCAUGUUCCAGACUACAUAGGAACCCUGAGGCCAGAGGCUGCCACUAUAAUUAUUCACUAAUUAGUUUCUCACCUUGCAUUUUCUAUGCAAGUCACAUCAACCUCUGUUUUACAAACUGCGGUUAAAAACCGUGAUGCCAUAAAGGACAGGUCAGUUUGCAUACAUAACCAGGUGAACUAUGACAGCAGGUCCAGAAACCAAAAAAUAUAUAUAUAUACGUAUAUACUAGUCAGCAAAGCUUACCUACUGUACACCGCCUCAUCUGCUCAGUGAGUUAUGGCCUUAUGGUUUUGUUAAAUCUGUCAUGUCACAUUUGUUAUGCAUCCAACUGGGACUGGAUUAUGAGUUUUAGUAAGGAUUUCUGUCUCUUUUGUUGAAUUUGGCUGUUUCGUCCAUUGCUUGAACAUUGCUCAGAUUUAAAGCCAGUUUUAGUUUUCUUACAAUUUAUUUCAACUAGAAAAGGAAAGGGGUAAAAAAAAAUAAAAAAAUACCGUAUGUAUGCCAAGACUGUGCCACACUGCUGCUCAGUCAUAUUUUCAAGUAUGAAAAUAAAGAAUGUAUGUUGCCAUA